AUGGCUAUUGCUGAUGCAAAUUAUAAAUUCAUAAUAGUAGAUGUAGGAGGUUAUGGAAAAGAUAACGAUGGCGGUAUUUUAUGCGCUUCAAAUAUAUAUCACUGUCUUGAAAACGAAUCGUUAAAAAUCCCAAGUGAGAAAAAAUUUCCAAACUCAAAUGUAAAAGUUCCACAUGUUUUUAUUGGUGAUGAAGCAUUUCCACUGCGUAAUUAUUUUAUGCGACCAUUUCCUAGAUAUCAAUUACAAGAUGCUGAUAAGAUGUACUACAACUAUAGACAUGCUAGAGCCAAGAUGACUGUUGAAUGUGCUUUUGGUAUUGCUUCAUCAAAGUUUCGUAUUCUUUUAAAAGCUAUUGAAACAAAAAUAGAAAAUGCCGAUCAUAUUGUUAGAUCAAUCUGUGUUCUACACAAUAUUUUAAUUGAUUUGGAAAAAAUAUAA